AUGCUUAAUAAUACUAAACUAAAAAUACUAGUAAAGGAGGAGGCAUUAUUAAGGCAGCUUAGUAGGUUAUUAUUAUUACUUAGUAUUAAGGUUAAGCUCUUAAGCAUUAGUAUAGUUUCUUUAUUUAAUAAUACUAUUUUAAGUAAAAUUAAGGAGGUAAAGAUAAAGCUAAGGGAAAAGUUUUUAGUUAAUAAAAAGAGAGAGAGGUAUAUAAAUAAAUUAAUCUUAAAUUUACUCUAG